AUGAUGUCAAAUGGUCCAGAAGCGAUUCCUAUUGUUUUACAUCAAUCAAUUAAUUCAUUGACAAAUUUGGAUCCGAUCACAGCUAGACGAAUUGCACGAUUAAUUAAAUCUACAAAAUGUGAUAAUAAUAACAAUAAUAAUAAUAAUACUCAAUCAAAUAUUGUUGGAUUAAGACGACCUAAAUGUGCACGAUGUCGUAAUCAUGGAUUAAUUGCUUGGGUAAAAGGUCAUAAACGUCAUUGUGCUUAUCGUGAUUGUCAAUGUUCACAAUGUAUAUUAAUUGUUGAACGUCAACGUGUUAUGGCUGCCCAAGUUGCAUUAAAACGAAAACAAGCUGUUGAAGAUGUAAUUGCUAUGGAUUGGCAACAUUUUAAUCAACAAUCAUUAGAAAAUGUUAAUUUACAAUCAACGACAACAACUAAGAUAUUCAAUGAAUCAUCAAACACAUCAAUUAAUCAAUAUGAGAAAAAUUACCCUCAUCAAUUAAAUAGUCAAUAUAAAGUUGAUGAAAAGAAAAUAUGGGAACAAAAACAUCAAUACGAAUCAGUACCUAUAACUAACGAACAAACAACGACUGAUGUAGUAGAAACAUCAGAAAUUCUUUCAAAUCUAACAUCAAUCAAUUAUUCUCCAACAAACAUCUCAUACGGAUUUCAUAAUAAUCAUCCUUAUAUUAAUAAUAAUAAUAAUAAUCCCAUACAAUCAUCUCUAAGUGACAUUCAUCACGAUGAUGUUCCCAACGAUGACGAUCAUGAUACAGUACGUCCAACAGCAGAAAGUAGUCCAAUAACAAAACAAUCAAGUAAUAAUUUAUCUUCAAGUACACUAUCGAAUCCACGACUAGAUGAAUUAUCAUCAUCAACAUCAUUUCAUUGUUUAACUAAAUCACCAAAUUCAUUUCAUUUAUCUCUUAUAAAUAAAAAUAUAUCCAGACAAUCUACUCAAUCACAAUUAUCUCCACCAUCAACAUCGUCACCGCAAACACAACAACAAACUACUUUGAAUCCAAUGAAUGCUUUUUAUUCAAAUGAAACAAUUCGAUCUAUUCAAGAACCAGCUAGAAUUCUAUCGAAUCUAUUUGCUCAUUUACCGAAACCUUCAGAAUUUCUACAAAAUUCUAAUCAACAUUUAUGGUUGAAUAACCCUAUGCAUAAUUAUCGAUUACCAAUACAAUAUUCUGAUCAGAAUAGUGGGAAAAUUAAUUACACGAAUAGCAAUAAUAGCAAUAAUAAUAAUAGUGUAGUGUAUAAAUCUUCAUUUGAAGAAAUUUGUACAAAUGUUAAACAAGCGCAUGACAAUUACCAAUUAGGUCAUCAACAUUUUCCAUUACAAACAUCUGUAUUCGUCAAUACAAUUGGAUCCAGUUCAUUGCAAUUUUCAUAA